GACCCGUCUGCUCGUCACUGCAAUCGCCAUUAGUACAGACAAUUCAUAACUGGUUCGUAACAUUGGUUACGCAACUGUAAAAAUGCCAUUUUAUAAGUACAACUCGUUUACUGGUAGUAUAAAACCAUCUACCAAUUUCCAACCGCUCUAUCCUAUCUCUCCUCGUUCUUUACAAAAGUCAGAGCCAGUAAUAAUCUAUGAUACUAUCAAAACAAAACCAUUAACGAUUACACCUAAAUCUGGAUAUUGCACUGACAAACCACGCACUCUCGAUCCAAAAUUAUGGGCAAAGUUCAAACAUUACCAGGCUAUAAUUGAUAAGCCAGUAUACCUGGCAGGUGGCAAGAAGGAUAAACUACUAUUUGGAUUUACAGUUGCAUAUGUUGGUCUUUGUACAUUGCAAUCAGUUGUAUUUAUUGCUAAAGAAUGCUUGAAUAUUAUCUAAAUAAAAAAUAAGUGAACAUUAUGUAGAUAAUAAAUGUAUAGACCUAGAUGUAAUACCUUUUCUGGUAUUACAAUUCUGUAUUAGCAUUACAAAUGUUAAUACCAUAAAAUAAUGAGAAAUAAUUAUAUAGAAUCGAGAGGA